AUUCACAAACAAUACAGACGAGUUAUAGUACGCACGCCUUAAAAGAUAGUAAACAAUGAUAAAGCUAAUAGUAUUAUUGUUUGUGACGGUCAUUGUCUUUGCAAAUGCAAGACAUAUACAUCCCCAUGGAGACACCCAUGCGAGACACCACGACGUAGAAUUGUGCAAGGAUGGAACUGAAAAGGAUGGAGAAGCUGCGGAAAUCAGAGAAUAUGUGGAAGUAAUAGAGAAAAUUCCACGCAACGUGAAACCGAACCGCUUCGUGCCGCGGAAUGACCCGAUCUUUUUCAUGGGCCACAUGCCUUGUCCUGAGGAGGGCUUCAAGCGGGACUAUUUGGGGAUCUGCAGAGAAGUCUGGGACUAGUUAGAUCAAGAUCUCUUUACCUGCUUGCUCAUAGAAAAAACAUAAUGGCUGACUGAUGAAAACUCUGGACCCGGC